GGUCACCAUUCGCAAGCAAUUAUAUGAUCUGUUUCGCAGAUCACUUGCACCGUAAAAUUUGAUGUCAGGUAUUAUCUACAUAGACGAGAACGGAGUUAAAUUUGACGCAUCUCGCAUCUGUACUCCAGAUUGCACUAGAAGCAUGAUCUGUUUCAGAGGACGUAAAUCUACCUUAUCCAGGAUACUAUUCACCGUCGUUGUAGUUGUUAUCUUCAUCUAUCUGUUCCAAUUAAGAUGGAUGACGCAACCGCGCAAAGUAGUUGGCCCGAUUGUGCACGCCGAGGAGGAGCAGUUCCCACUCGCUUUCAGCAUCUUGAUGUACACAGAUCUUGACCGGACUGUCCGACUCAUGCAAGCUAUUUACAGACCCCAUAAUUGUUACUGCAUUCACGUGGACAGGAAGACCGACGAAAGUAUACACACCACGCUCAAGCAGCUCAUGCAACAACUAUACGGGGAUACUGUAUAUGUUAUUCCACGAGAAAGGAGUAUUAAGGUGGAGUGGGGUUGGAUUCAUUCUCAAGAUGCUGAUCUACUGUGCAGCCGCAUUCUACUUGAUCGUUGUUCGCAAUGGAAAUAUUGGAUCAAUCUAACUGGUCAGGAGUUCCCCCUGAGAACCAACUGGGAAUUGGUUCGGGCAUUGACCAUACUCAAUGGGUCGAACUUGAUUGACGCCAUAUACAAACGUCGAAAUAUGGACCGGUUCCCACUGCACUGGCGAUCCGGCUUUCCGGUCACGUGGUACAAGGGAGUCCCCCAUGUCGUCGCCCGCCGUGAAUUUGUACACUUUAUACAUAACGACGAACGCGCCAAGCUCAUCCUGCGAGUACUGCGUGACUUUGAGCAAUCCAAGAAGCAUGGCAUUUUCGUCGAUGAAACUUAUUUACCCACCCUUAAUCACAAUCCGGCAUCUAUACCAGCACCAGGCGCUUUUCUAGGCGUGCAUGAAUCAGACAUAUUUACACCACCUAUCCGAGUCAAGGUAUGGUCCGAUCAAAAUAUGCCUUGUCAUAGUGGCAAAUGGGUCAGGACAAUCUGCAUGCUGGGAUUGCGCGACGUGGACUGGUUGAUGAAAAGACCAGAAUUCUUCGCCAACAAAUUUAUUCCGUCAGUAGAACCAGAAGGUUAUACUCUAAUGGAACGUUGGCUUUCCGAGAAAGUCGAAUACGAAUCUAUCAACGGUAAACUGCAUCCAUCGUUCAACACAACACACUACCUUUCCCUUGAAUUGCGGUGGAAUCAUUUGUGAAUGGUCUGCUCGUUUUGUAUUCACACUUCCGCCACGUUCCACCGGAUUACGCUUUUGCACACUUUGUUUUCAUUAAGGCAUCUGCUUCCCCCGUAGAGUUUGGACACGAUAUGUGAUUAUCGUGAGUCUGUGAUUGCUUGAUGAUCCAGUUGCGUACAUUUCGUUUAAGAGUGCUUCUCACCAAUCAGCAAUUACCUCGUAGCUUGUGUAUGUAUGCUAGCCCAAUGGAUGCAGAUAGAAGCUUGCCUAGC